AUGAGUUUUCUGAAAAAGCUUACCCAAAUUAAAAAGACCAAAGAUACAAAUGCUACUACUGUCAAAUCUUCUACCGCUGGGAGAUCUUCUAAUUUUGACUCAGUAUCUAAAACAGCCCUGAAUGAAAUGGCACUUGAUCCGUUGAAUAUGCAAAGCUCAUUAUUACCCAAAAAAUACAUAAGGGAGGAAGAUCCUGCUGUUAAAAGACUAAAAGAGCUACGAAGAAAGGAACGGGCAGCCAGAGGCUUAGAUGCGUCUGUUAAGAAAGUUAAGAGAUCAUCAUCCUCUACAAGAGCCAAAUCUUCAUUGUCAAUGAGGACGAAAAAAAAUGGUCAUAAUAGUAAUGAUAACAAUAUUUUAUCGGAAAGCAAAUUCAAGAAAACAUUAUUGGAACGUACUGCUAAUCAGAAUAAAAGUUCUUUAAAGCCUUAUAAAACAAUUGAGAAAAAAUUAACCUUUGAAGAAUUAAUGAAGCAAGCUGAGAAUGUUAAGAAUGAUAAAAAGGGACCGACAACCAGCAAUAGCACCAACGCCGAAGUACCUACUAAUCGUUUCAAAUCGAAAAAAGUUGCAUUUAAAGGUUUUAAACCAAGAACGAAAACGCCAACAAGUUCCACUAAUAAUCGUAAAAUUAUAAAAGAACCAGUUGUAUCAAAGACGCACGUGCCUAGGCGCCAAAAAGACUCUGAGAAAUUAGUAAAAGUUUCUCUACCUAAAAAUUCUAUAGCCAGACCCAGUGAUAAGCUAAAAUCUAAAUUAGAAUCCAAACAAAGGGGGAAAAGAAGCAAAAACAGAGGUUAUUAUAGUGAGGAAGAGGAUGAUGAUUUGGAUGAUUUUAUUGAGGAUGAUGAUCCUGGAUAUGAUAGGAACGAGAUAUGGGCUAUGUUUAACAGAAAUGGUAGACCUGGUUCUUCGUUUGGUAAGGAACAGUAUUAUGACGAUGACGAUGACGACGAUGAUGAUAUGGAAGCUGAUGGAUUAGAUAUUUUGGAAGAAGAGGAAUUAUCAGCUAAAGCUGCAAGAUUGGAAGAUAAAAGGGAGGAAAAAUGGUUAAAGCGACAUGAGCAAGAAAAGAGACAAAAACUUCUUGAUUACAGAAAAUGA